AUGGCAACACUAAGCACACAAAACACCACCGGUACCCAACCACCAAAAUACCACACAUCCCUCCUUACAGCCCUCGACUGCCGCGGCCAUGUCCACCUGAUCCUGGGGACGAACCCCCUUGCCGCCUCACGCUGCACACAGUCUCUAGCCGCCGGCGCAACCCCCAUAGUCAUCGCGCAGGCCACCGACGUUACCGAACUUCACUACGCCCUGCAGAAGCGCAUCGACGCCGGCGAGGUCCAAUGGCUGCGCCGCCCCUUUGAAGACACCGACCUGUCCACACUCGGCCGGCCAGAGGUCGACGGCUUUGUCGAUGCCGUCUUCGUGACCGCCUCGGGCUCGCGCGACCCCCAGUCGCCCGCCGUACACGUUUCGGCCCUCUGCAGGCGCCAGCGCGUCCCCGUCAACGUCGUCGACAGCCCCGCCCUCUGCACCUUUAGCCUGCUGAGCACCCACUCCGACGGCCCGCUGCAGGUCGGCGUCACCACCAACGGCAGGGGCUGCAAGCUCGCCAGCAGGAUCAGAAGGGAGAUCGCGGCCGCGCUGCCCAGGGAUUUGGGCGCGGCUUGCGCGAGGUUGGGAGAGGUGAGGAGGCGCGUGCAGGAGGAGGAUGGACGCGGUGGCGGCAAGGGAGGUGAGGGUGUGACUACAGACGACGACUCGUACGACCAGUCGGCGAGCUUCAACAAGCUCGUCACGGAUGCGGAUAUUGAAGCUGCCAAGACUAGGCGCAUGAGGUGGCUGUCCCAGGUCUGCGAGUACUGGCCGCUGAAGCGCCUGGCCGCCGUGACGGACGCAGAUGUCGAAGCCGUGCUGGCGUCGUACCACACCGCAUCUCCUACACAACCCGAAACGACCCCUUCGCAAAUCACCCACCCCAACCCAUCCUCCAAACCAUCACUCCCAACGCCACGCGGGCGCAUAAUCCUCGCCGGCUCCGGCCCGGGCCACCCCGACCUCGUCACCCUCGCAACGCACAAGGCCCUGCAGACCGCCGACGUGAUCCUAGCCGACAAGCUCGUCCCCUCGGGGGUGCUAGACCUGAUCCCCCGACGGACGCCCGUCUCCAUCGCGCGCAAGUUCCCCGGGAACGCCGACGCCGCGCAGGAGGAACUCAUCUCGUCCGCGCUGGCCGCAUACCAGGCCGGAAAGACGGUCCUACGGCUCAAGCAGGGCGACCCGUUCGUCUACGGGCGCGGUGGCGAGGAGAUUGCGGCGUUCCGGGCGGCAGGCGUGCCCGACGACCGCGUCGCGGUGCUGCCGGGCCUGACGAGCGCAUUGUGUGCCCCGCUGUUUGCUGGCGUCCCCGCCACGCAGCGCGACGUGGCCGAUCAGGUGCUCGUGUGCACCGGCACGGGCAAGAAGGGGAAGCCGCCUACGCCGCCCGGGUACCUGCCCUCGAGGACUGUGGUGUUCCUCAUGGCGCUGCACAGGAUCGUGGGCUUGGUCGGGGAGUUGACGGAGAGGACGGCGGAGGAGGAGGGGGCAGGGGAGGACAAGAGGGCGCUGUGGCCGAGGGAUACGCCCUGCGCCGUCGUGGAGCGGGCGAGCUGUCCGGAUCAGAGGGUCAUACGGACUACGCUGCGGCAUGUGGCUGAGGCGAUCGAACAGGAGGGCAGCAGGCCCCCGGGAUUGCUGGUGGUUGGUCGGGCGUGCGAGGUGCUGUACACCAUGGAGAAGGGGAGAGCUUGGAUGGUUGAGGAUGGGUUCAAGGGGCUUGACUACUUGGAUGAUGUCGUCGCUCAGGGAAUGCCACUUUUAGCAUGA